AUGGCAUUACACGUAUUAAUCACGCUGUACAAAGCCACAGAUGUAGACGAAAACAUUACAGGUAUUAAUCACGCUGUGCAAGGCAAAGGUAUUAAUCACGGUGUACAAGGAGUAGAUAUAGACCAAAAAAUUACACGUAUUAAUUAUGGUGUACAAGGCGUAGAUAUAAACGAAGACAUUACACGUAUUAAUCACGUUGUACAAGGCGUAGAUAUAGACGAAGAUAUUACAGGUAAUAAUCACGCUGUACAAGGGGUAGAUAUAAACGAAGACAUAAUACGUAUUAAUCACGCUGUACAAGGCGUAGAUAUCGACGAAGACAUUACAGGUAUUAGUCACGGUGCACAAGGAGUAGAUAUAGACGAUUACAAGUAA